AUGGCAUCACCAUCACACCAUUCUGUUUUAAAGGAGGAGUUGCCUGAUCAGCCGGUCAUCGUCUACAUGCCAAAGGACUUGGAACCUGACCUGAACAAUACGUGUUGGAUCUUCAGGGUUCCAGAGAAGCUCCGUAAGGUAAACGAAGCAGCUUACGCUCCGCAUUUAGUUACCAUUGGCCCUCUUCACCAUGGCAAUCCAAAGUUGAAUGCAAUGGAGCAUCAGAAAUUCAAGUAUGAGCAACAAUUCUGGAAUCGGGACUCAUGGAAACAUAUAGAGGAGGGAAAAAGGAUCGAAUUCAUGGACAAUCUACUACCACGCAUCCAGAGUAGCGAUGCAGUGACCUUUGAUUUUGUUCCUGCUGUUGCGAAUAAUCGGCUUGACUUCAUCCGCAUGAUAUUACGAGAUGCCUGCUUCAUCUUUGAGCUCUUCUUGAGAAACUAUGAAAACCGUUCAGGCGAUUACAUACUGAGAACACCAUGGCUGAAGGCAGGUAUAAAACUGGACUUGAUAAUGCUUGAAAAUCAGCUCCCAUAUUUUGUUUUCAAGGAACUAUUUGACUUCAUCUACUCAGAGGACGAAAAUGGGACAGAGAGUAAGAAUAAUCAUUAUCUAUCAGGGCUAAAUGGGGAAAGUAAACGCAGCGAUUUCUUUAAGAAUAUUUCCUGCGAAUUCUUCCUUGAUUAUUACAGCUUUGGAAAACUUCUCGCCGAGACAACAUACAUGCAAAUGACAAAAUCCACUCACAAAAUCCGCUUUGCUGAUCUCGUCAAGGAUUUAAAAGAUGGUGAAAUUAAGAUCCUAUUCAAGAGAAUCAAACAUUUCACUGAUUUGGUUGGAAAGUUUAUGCUUCUGGGUGAUCAGUUUCCAAAGAAGGAUGAUGCUAUGUUCUGUCUCUGUACUGCAACACAACUGAGUAGGGCAGGGGUGAAGUUUGUGAGAUGCAAAGAGAAUAGAGUUAUAGCUGACAUUAAAAAAAAAAGAGAGCCUUAUCCCAUGUUUAAGGGUGUAUAUCGGAAUUAUUUGAAAUUGGAAAUCCCUGAACUGAAGGUACAAGGCAACACCGAAUGCAUUAUGAGAAAUGUCAUGGCUUUGGAGCAGUUUGUUUAUCCGGAUGAGCUUUUUAUCUGCAAUUAUGUUUUCCUGCUGGAUCAACUCAUCAGCACAGCUGAAGAUGUGGAAUUUAUGAUUGACAAGAAAAUUGUUCACAACUGGUUAGGCAGCAAUGAGGCAGUGGUUCGCAUGGUUAACAAACUGUGUGACCAAAUUGUGGUAUCACGUUACUUCUACGCUGGUCUCCGCCAAAGACUUAACCAGUAUUAUGACAAUCCCUGGAACUUUUUCAAGGCAACCCUCAUGAGGGUUUACUUCAAGGAUCUUUUCCCCAUUAGUUCCACGAUUAUUGGGAUUGUUUUCCUCGUAUUCUCCUCUUCUCUGCCUAUUCAACUAUCAAGAGGUCUCUUCUUUUAA